UCUUGAGAUGGGAAGUGAACAGUCUCCAGCAGUUAUAAAAAAAAAUAUUCUUGCCAAAUUGCUAGGUUUAGGAAGUAGUUUAGCAAUUUCUGCGAGGGGCAGACAAUGGCGGGGAGCUGAUUGCUUCCCAGCCUUGUCUCACUAUGUGUGGAUGAGGUUUAAUCCCUCAAGCUUAGUUAGGAAAUCAGUUAUUUUUUCAACAAAGAUGCUCAUUCCCAGGAACUCUGAUGUUUUAGCAUUCAGUUUCGUCACUUUGUGGGUGCAAAUGUCUAGAAGUUCGGUAUAUUUGUGUUUUCAGUGAAGUUCAAAGUGCAAGUGGAAGUCAUAGCUAUCUUUGAUUUUCUCUUUGCUUAGCGCCAGACAUUCAUAAUAGCGAUAGUUUAAUCCUGUUUUGGUAUUCCAGACUGUUCUUAGUUCCAUUACCAUAAAAGGCUGGAGGCUGAUUCAGUGGGGGGUAUCAAAGAACAAAACCAAGCUCUAGCUUGUUAGAAGUAUAGUGAAGUAGCUUCCUUGUAUUUUGAAUCUAUAUAUUAGUCCAAAUAUCCAUCAGUUCAGGCAGUAAAUCCCUCUCUGUUCUUCAGUCUAGCUGUUUGUUUCCUUGUCAGAUAGUUUAAUUCUUGGCACUCAUUUCCAUGCUCACCAAAUGAGUCGGGCCAAAUUCCCAGCUUCUUCCAUUGAGAAUCGGUCAUCAUGGCUUGGGAACUCAUUGAGGUCCCGGGCAACCUGAAUCCCUCUCUCCAAGACUCUACUGUUGAUGUGCUGGCCACCAAGAUUGAUCCCAAGCUAGCCAAUACUCUUAUUAGGCAGUUAAGCCAGGUAUGCCCUUUGGAGAAUCUGAGGCAUGUAAAGCGUGUACGUCGACGUACUGAAUGUGGCGGAAAAUCUGAGCUAUCAAUAAUCCUAUGUGUUUCUACUGGGUCUGAACCUUGUAGCAUACAGUUUUCUGAAGAUCUACAAAAGAUAGUGGAUACUUAUCAGCUGAGUCCUUUUACUGCGAAAGUUGCCAAGUAUUGUGCUACAUCAAAAGAGGAGUGGGAGGAACAAUGCAAACUUUGGCCAACAUCUUACCAUCCUGCACAUGACCUUGAUAUUGUCCGUGGAUUUCAAGAGGAGGAAUUACCAUCAAUAUUUAAUUGCAUGAAGACUGCUAUUCAGUUAUCAAAGGCGGGCAAUGCUGCAAUCAUUAUUGAUCCAUCAAGCAUGCAAAUAAUUGCAAAGGCCACCGACCAGACACACAAGCAUGAUACGCCUGAAGAAGGGAACACAUUUUCUGAAGCGAAUGCAGAUGUGACCUGCUCUUUGAAUGCAUCAACUGAUAAUGACUGCAAUUUGUCACUGCCAGGAUCCUUUCUUUCUAAACGCAACAGCUUGAACAUGGAAAUCUCAUGUAUAAAUCCUUGGGGAUGGAUGAGAAAAAGGACUUGUGAACAGAAGCCAUUGCCCUGUGAUGGCUGUUUUGCAUGGCAUCCUCUGAGACAUGCUCCCAUGGUUGCCAUUGAAAAUGCUGCUGAGAGGGAUAGAACGAUGUUCCCGUCUUCGACUUCAAUAACCAAGCCAGAUUCAAAUGGCAAUCCAGAGAACUGUUGUGAUAAUGAACCAGCAAAAAGGCUAAAGACGGAUACAAAAGAUAAUGAGCAAUCGUCAUCUGAAUCAUUCCGUGGUGACUUGUCUGAAACGAGUAGACCAUAUCUCUGCACAGGAUUUGAUAUCUACCUUGUUUGGGAACCAUGCACAAUGUGUGCAAUGGCACUUGUACAUCAUAGAUUCAAGCGCGUGUUCUACGCUUUCCCCAAUCCUGUUACUGGAGCACUCGGUGGAGUCUACAGGUUGCACGGGGAGAGAAGUUUAAAUCAUCACUACAAUGUAUUUAGGGUUUCAGUACCUGAGGCAUACUCGAAUGGUUUGAAGUAUUGUUCGAAGGAAUGCUGAUCCAACAUCCUGUUCCAUUUUAUUUAGAAAAAAAGGAUCCAUGACCUCCUGAUUUGCACUAUGGAUGUCAUUUUUUUUGCACAAGGGCUUCAGAUUAUACUUGUUCUUUUGUAUCAUUAAAAUUUUACCUAUGCUGUAUCACUAAAAUAUGCUCCCUCCAUUCCCAUUAAUAUAAUCGGAUGCUAUAGAUUUUUCUUA